AUCUGGUGCAGCAGCCAGAGCAGGCGUUGCUGACCUGCCCUUGUUGCUGGUCCUGCACAAAGCCACAGGUAUUUUCACUUGAGUCAAGGAGCAAAUCAAAUUGUAUAUAAAGGGGAAUAUUCCUCGUCCAGACCUUGCUAUGCCUUCCCUGUGUGGUUCCCUGAAUCACUCCCUUCUGGACUCCCCUUGGCUUCUCCAGGAGGGUUCAAUGGACAGCUUGUAUGAGCCUGUCCCCGAACGUCAAGAACCCAAGGAUACAACCAGUACUUCCAGCCAGCCCAGCACUCCAGUGAUCACACGUACGAACUGUGGACUGCCUGACAGGUCUAUGUCUUUGGAAUUUCCUGAUUUUGAGAACACAGUGACCAAAAAGAGAAAAUCCAUCCAGAAGUCUCUGUCUGAGAAUGAAGCAUUUGACAGGAAAAAUGUGAAUGGCACACUUUGGCAGGGUUCCAGAAAGCCGGAGAAUGAUUCGUACAUCAGAAGGCCCUGUCAGCUUGAAGAAGACAAUAUUAUUGGUGAUGGAAUACAUUUGCUGCAAGGAAAGAAGAUAGAAGAAACAACAUGCCAGGUGAUAAAUUAUGAGCAAUGGAUUCCACCACGAGUUUACAAUCCAAGAGUGUCAAGUAAUGGUGAAAUGGGUAUGGAAACAAAUGAUAAAGCAGAGUCCAUGGGAACAUUAAAGCGAUUGCAGAAAUUGGUCCGCACCAAAAAAGCCAAUACACAAAGCUUGGAGGAUGUCAAACAUGUUUUGAUCCCUCUUAAUACAUUAGAAGAUGCUUAUCUUUCAGAAGAGGAUGAAGAGGCACUAACUUCUUGCAUGAAGCUGGCAAAACCUCAGGAAAAGAAAGCUUGGAAAGACAAUGUGAGGAAAAAAGAAGAGACUGAGACUAGGGCAGAGUUUAUUUCUGCAACUUUGGGCCGAUCAUAUACUUCCAAGUUUAGUAACUUAGGAACAAUUUCAAUCCAUUCAGAAACUGAAUUUCAUUUGUGGAGUGACUGGAAGCCAUUUCCUGAUAGCCAGCUCUGUCCCUGUGAUUUCUUGAUUUCAAAAAUAGAAGAAUGGGAAAACUGUACUUGCGCUUCUCAUCAGCCACAUCUUACAAGUUCCCUAACUGAUAUGGAUCUGCAGUACUCCUGGCGCACAAGUAGUUUUGGAAGCUUUGACCGUUUCAGACAUCACUCAGUAUCAAAGUCAGAUGAUCCAGCUGAGGUGUCUGAGCUGGAGACUGUAAGUGACAUUGGAGAUGCAGCACAAACCAAAGCAGCAUAUAAUGGAAGAAGCUUGGGCAAGAAGAUGAGAGCCAUUUCCCUUACCAUGAAGAAAAAGAUGGGUAAAAAGUACAUCAAGGCACUCUCUGAGGAGAUGAAUGAAGAAGGAAAAGACGACAGUGAUCCUGGUGGUGGAAUACACACUGAGAAGGUCUCCCUAAAAGCCAGUGACUCUAUGGAAAGUCUCUAUAGUCUAAACAGCGGCCAGAGCUCAUCUAGUGGAGUGACCAGCUGCUCUGAUGGAACAAGCAACAGGGAUAGCCUCCGGUUUGAUGAUGAAGUCCCUUACAGUGGGCCGUUCUGUGGCCGAGCCAAAGUGCACACUGACUUCACACCAAGUCCUUAUGAUACAGACUCUCUGAAAAUUAAGAAAGGAGACAUUAUAGAUAUCAUCUGUAAAACUCCCAUGGGCAUAUGGACAGGCAUGCUGAACAACAAAGUAGGAAAUUUCAAGUUCAUUUAUGUGGAUAUUAUUCUGGAAGAGGAAGCUGCACCCAGGAAGAUGAAACCGCACAGAGGAAGCAAAAGGAACAAGCCUAAAACACUGCAAGAACUCUUGGAAUGUGUCCAUCUGCAGGAAUACACCUCUACCCUCUUGCUAAAUGGCUAUGAAACUCUAGAGGAUUUAAAAGAUCUACACGAGAGUCACCUGAUUGAACUGAAUAUUUCAAACCCAGAGGACAGGGCAAGAUUGUUAUCAGCAAUUGAAAAUCUACAGGACAAUGACAAUGAACAAGAGCAGAUAAGUGAGGGUGGUCAGGAGACACGGAGCUUAAGCCCUCAGCACAGUUUUGACAAAUCACAGUUAAAUGACUGCCCAAGAGAUUCCGGCUGUUACAUCUCAUCAGAAAAUUCAGAUAAUGGUAAAGAAGAAGUAGACCCAGAAACCCUGUCUGACAUGGUGCAGUCAAUAACAAUCACUGAGUCAAACUGAUUCUGUUAAGCUGUUUCUGCAGAUGCUCAGGAAAGACAAUCAGAUAAGUGAAGCUGAUUUGAUGGUACAGAAGCAGAACACAAAAUAUUUCUCAACACUGGACAUCUACUUCUGUCUGAUAUAUAACGCUCUAGACUACUUAAUAUGUGGACAUUUGAGAACUAAAUCUUAGCUGAUAGUAACAGUCUUUCGUGCUUUUCAGUGAAUCCGCAGACAUCUCACUGAAAAAGUUAAUGCAUAUGUAUUUAUAUAUAUCUGUACAGCAAAUGCAUUUUGUAUAAUGUUAGGGAAUUGUUUUGGGUAGUGAUACAGUGUCUAAAUAUUAAGUUGUGGAACUCUCCAACAUGUAAAUACUGUAUAUAUUUGUUUUUAAAAGACUGAUUAAUCACGCUCUCUCUUUUUUCAGAUGGGUUUUGAUGAGAUUUGUACAGAAAAUAUUUGCAUUGAUAUAUCAUUGUAAUAAGAAACUAGAUACAUUCACGUCCUACUUUCAAAAGUACUAACCUAAUUCCUGUUCAUAGUAAACCUAUUUAAUGCUAUUCUCCUCCAGAAUGGUCUCUGAAGAGGCUGUCUUACACUGUAUCCUGGAUGUACAAAAAAACUGUUGUGUCAGUCUGAA